GUUACGAGAAGCAGGACUACGCCUUAACGUCGACAAAUGCCACUUUUGCAAAGAACAACUCGAAUUCCUAGGACACAUUAUCACACAAGACGGAAUUCAACCAGACCCAGCUAAAGUAGAAAAAGUAAAAGACUUCCCUCAACCCACGAAUAUUACCGAACUACGAGGAUUCUUAGGACUCGCAUCUUACUAUAGGCGAUUCAUUCAAGAAUUCUCCAACAUUGCCGAACCAAUGCACAAAUUAUUAAAGAAAGACCAACGCUACGAAUGGACAAGGAAACAUCAAGAAGCAUUCCAAAAAUUAAAAGAAAAACUUAUCAACGCACCU